UCGGCUCGGCAUCAGUCGUUUCGCGGAGCGCAACCUGUUAGCCUCUUCGACACGCUCUCGCUCUGGUACACCUAUACGAGUACACAUACCUAUACACACACUAUACUCGCUCGCGUCUCUCUCCUCCCCCACCGUAGUCCAGGUGCGCGUCUCUUUUCUUCUCUGCAUCUCUGCGCGUUGUACUACCUACUGGGCCCCGCACGGAGAGAAAGAGGCCCCGCGCGACCUAACCUCAAACAGAAGCGUCGCGAAAGUCGCUUUGUGCGCGCUGCAUCGGACUCGGAUCUCACCUGUGUACGUAGGAAUCCACGAGUUUGAGUGCUAACGGCCGAAGGGGCACCUACAGUUUUUCGCGCGGAGAAAUGCGAAGGACACUCGGCGCUGCUGCUGCUGCUGUGCUCACUCGCGUGAGGAGGUAAACAAAGAAAAUACCUGGCCGCUGCAGGAAAGACAGGACGCCGCUGCUGCUGCUGCUGCACUUUUCAUCGCGUACUACGUACUCGCCGAGCGGAGCCCACGGCGAUGAGUCGACUCUAGAAGAGGAAGACAGUGUACAGUGUUCUUUGGUUGUUUAUGUUGUUGUUGUUGUUGGUGGUUAUUAACAUAUCGUCCGUCCACUAGUACGCGUUGUAGUCUCGCGGUAUAUACAGUGCUUUUCCGACGGAAGAAGAAGAGAAAGCUAUUACACGGAGAGCCGCCGCAGAGCGCAGAGAUAAUUUUCGUGAACGACGGUGCAACGGAAGCCGCUAUAUUGGAGAGGAAGCGGGAAAGCGGCGUGCCGCUGUUCUGUGUGCCGCGGCAGAGGCGCUCGUCGCAACCGGAAAACGUAAGUCGGCAUCAAUUACCUCGCCAGUUCAUUAUUAACGCGUCACACCGCAUAGAGCAGUGGUUAUAGCUGUACCGAAUGACGAGAUGAUCGCGAGCCUACCGGUCAACGGGGGCAGCGGUGGCGGAGGAGGAAGCGUUGGACCAAGCAGCCGCGUCGGUCGAGGUUUGGCUCUGCAUCGUUCCAACUCGAGCCUCGAGCUGCCACACAGUCCGGAUCCGAAUUCGCGAGUUCCCGAGACGCCACUUAGACGAGAGUAUGGUUCGCAUGGUAGCAUCGACGUGGUGGCCCAGUCAGUCUCGAUGAACGACAACCUGCUGGCGAUGCUGCAGGACUUCCGACCAGGUGACCCAGUGAUGCGCGGACCCAUGGCCUCGGAGCUCCUGAUGCGUCGCGCGUCUCACCACCACCACCAGCAACAGCAGCAGCAGCAGCAGCACCAGCACAGCACAUCCGAGGGCCAGUCGCCGGACGUCGACGAGGUCUGCGGCCCCAGCGGCUCCAGUCCCAAGCUCAGGCUCAAACUGAACCGGCUCUGGGGCAGCAGCAAACCGCCUCGCACCAACAGCAGCUCCGCGGCCAGCGGAUCCUCCAGUACCAACGACGAGCAGACCUGCACCAGCCCCGUCGUCUCCGCCGACGUCGAGGAGAGACACAGGAGGAGGGCCUUCGCUCACUACGACUGCCAGUCGUUGACGGCCAAUCUGGGCUACGCGGCCAAGCUCAGGGGGAUACUGCUGGCCAGGAGGAGGAACACCGCGACAGGUGCAUCGGCAGCCAGCUCGCUCAGGGCGUCCACUCCAGACGAGGCCCCAGAGGAGGAUGCCGGCGACGGCAAGGGCAACGAGCUCCUCGAGUCGUGUCCCUUCUUCCGCAACGAAACCGGAGGCGAGGGCGAGCGCGAGGUGGGCCUGACGCGCCGUACCCAGGGCAACGGUCUGCACCGUCCAGCUCUGGCCUACGGCGUGUCCGUUCUCGAGCCUGGCCCCGGCGAGAGCCUCUGGAAGCACACCUGUCCACUGCAGAAACGUCCGCUGCCCAUCGAGAGCAUCGACGAGGGCGCCCACUACUACCGGCGCUACUUCCUGGGCCGCGAGCACCAGAAUUGGUUCGGCAUGGACGAGCAGCUGGGACCAGUGGCUAUCAGUAUACGCAAGGACGGCCAGCAGUACCGGAUCAUCGUGAGGACGUCCGAGCUGCUGACCCUGAGGGGAUCGGUACCCGAGGAGGCGCUGCCCGGUGGUGCCAGACCGCAGCAGAGCAAAAUCCCCACGAGGGAGAUACUCGAGCUGGUCGCACCCGAGGUGCAGAUGAACUGCCUCAGACUGGGCAACAGCCAGUCGGAGGAGUCGCUGGCUAGACUCGACGAGCAGGGACUGUCCAACAGAUACAAGGUUGGCGUGCUUUACUGCAGAGCUGGCCAGAGGACUGAGGAGGAGAUGUACAAUAACGAGCACGCUGGUCCAGCUUUUCUCGAAUUCUUAGACUCCAUUGGCCAAAGAAUAAGACUGCGAGGAUUCGAAGGAUACAAGGCGGGCCUGGACACGAGGACCGAUUCGACGGGUACCCACGCGGUCGCAGCGACGCACCGAGGAGCGGAAGUCACCUUCCACAUCUCGACGAUGCUUCCUUUCACGGCGAAUAACCGUCAGCAGCUACUUAGAAAGCGGCACAUCGGCAACGAUAUAGUCACCAUUGUCUUCCAGGAGCCAGGUGCGCUGCCCUUCAGUCCAAAGCGUAUACGCUCGCAGUUCCAGCACGUGUUCAUCAUCGUGCGAGCCAUCAAUCCCUGCACGGAGAACACGCAGUACAGCGUUUCGGUCUCGCGCAGCAAAGAGGUGCCGGUGUUUGGACCGCCUGUCCCCUCUGGGGCUACGUUCUCCAAGGGCAAGCACUUUGCUGACUUCAUCCUGGCCAAGGUGAUCAAUGCAGAAAAUGCCGCACACAGGUCCGAGAAGUUCGCGACUAUGGCCACGCGUACUCGCCAGGAGUAUCUGAAGGAUCUCGCGACGAAUUAUUCCUCGACUACUUUGGUCGAGACUGGACAAAAGUUCUCGAUGCUGUCGUUCAGCAGUAAGAAAAAGACCGCAGCCCGUCCGCGGCUCUCGUGCGACGCCUCUCAGCGCGGCGCGAUCUGCUGGCAAGUGAUUCUCGAGGACAGCAAUCAAAACACAGACUGUUAUCUCGGCAUCAGUGUUGAUACGAUAGUCUUGAUCGAGGAGCACUCGAGGCAGAUUGUCUUUGUCGCGCCCUGCAUAAGCGUUUUGGGGUGGCAUGCUCAGACGAACAGUCUGCGACUGUAUCAUCACCAAGGGGAGUGUAUAACGAUUCACGUGCGAGGUGAUUACGGUGAUAGAGACGAGCUUAUGGAGAUAGUCGCCCGUCUGCGCGCCGUCACUCAAGGAGCACCGGCCUCCGAACUCUCCCUCAAAAGAAACGCACUCGGCCAACUGGGCUUUCACGUGCAGCCAGACGGAGUGGUGACUCAGGUCGAGAGCAUGGGCUCGUCUUGGCAGGCGGGCCUCAGACAAGGAUCAAGGCUCGUCGAGAUAUGCAAGGUAGCAGUUUCGACGCUCAGCCAUGACCAAAUGGUCGACUUGCUUAAGACUAGUGCACAGGUCACGGUUACCGUUAUUCCGCCCAGCAACGACGGUUUACCUAGAAGAGGUUGCACGCUUCAAAACUGCCAGUAUUUAUCGAGUAACUACGAGGGGGACUACGAAAACUUAACCAACCCAGAGAGCACACCGAGCCAGCAGACGGCCAUGCCACAUCAAAGGAGGUACGAACGGUCUUUUAGUCCUCCUCGAUCCAGUAACAGUUCCGGCUAUGGAACGGGCUCGAGCUCCAGGUCGUUCAACGAUCCGCGGUUUCCCUUAGAAGGUACCAUGACCAGCAGCAGCAGCGGCCACAGUAGCGCUGACGAUCGAUGGUACGAGCUUCUGGAGCCUCAAGAUCAGGAUCCGUCCCAUCGCAACGACGGCACGCCACCGCCUUUGCCUGCCCGGCAAAACUAUCAGACCGGUACGCCGAGCAAAGCCAGCUCUUUUACGCCAAAAAAGGAAAAGGAGUCUCACUACGCUACUGGAAAGAAUUAUGACAACCUGAGACAUCACAAUCAUCUUCAUAAUCAUGAUCUUAAAGAGAGCAAUUACGUUUCACCCAGAUCAAUACAGGAGAGCAUUAGACACGAUAAUUAUCAGAGGCUCGAAAAUUCUCAUCGCAGUCAGGAACACGUGUCGACUAGCUACGUCAAGCUCCAGAAGGAGAAGUAUGAAACGAAACAGGAAAAUAUAUAUGCUUCUCAGCGAGAGCUGCAUAAAAAUGAAGGUCAUCAAAAACUUUCGGUCACGAAUUCUCUUCCGCUUGUUCAGAACGCGACUUACAGUCUUCCAAAAUCGGGUAGCAAUAACAACCUCGUUCGCUACACCGAGUAUGAAGGUUCAUCGUUAGCUCACAGCGAGAGCAAAGCAGAUCGUAGCUCAAAGUCGUACGACGUGUACGAAGAGAGCAAAGCGAACAACGAGGAAAUUUAUGAAAGACGGAGAAGCAAAUACGAGUCGGAAAUUUUGCAGCAGAUGGAUUUAAACGGUGAUCGCAAAGAGGAACAGACUCAAGAAUUCAAAGUGGGCGAAAAAGUGACGUGCCUUAAGACAACGAUGUCAGAGAGGCCAGUGCCACACAAAGUUAGCAUCGAGUACAGGCCUAAGGAUUUUACGACAAGUUUACCGCCGGAGGUCAGGAUUUCCGAUGGGAACGCGACUGACAUCUCCACUUUGCCAAGUGAAGAUGAACUGUCCAAUGGGUCGGGGAGUAUUUCACCUAGGUUAAGAAGAGCAAACAAACAUCGUGCCGGCAACUUAACUCCUUCGAGUACUGGUUCUCGCAAUCAAAGUCCACGGCCAAAAUCUGGUGCUAGAAAUUCACACAGAAAUUCUGCAAAUUUGACGUCCAGUACAUUGCAAGAAGACUUGAUGAAACUCAUUAACCCUGAUUACAUAGCAGACGAUGGGCAUCCAGUGAAUAAUCAGAACUCAAAAAAUAAUCAAAAUUCGAAUAAAGUAAACAACAAUUUGCUAGAAAUUCAGAACAGAUGUAGAUCGCGCGAAAACCUCUGCGGCAACAGCUCUUCCACUCUGAGCGUGUUGCCAAAUGGUUCGCAGGAAAAUGGAAAUCCAGGUUCUGAAGUAAUUUUGACUAUGGCGAGGCCAGCUACUGUUAUUUCGAAUGCCAGCACGGCAUCGAGCCCAGCUCCUAGUGAGAACAAAAUGACGAAAGAAGAAAGACUUUCUCCACGAGUCACAAAAACGCCCCAACAGAUAACAAAACCUCCAAGUAACUUGUUAAACAAAGAAAUAAAAAGUUCAGUUGAGGUGGAUACUGAGUCUUGGACAACGAAUCACCAGGAUGACACGAAUAAUAGAACAUCUAAGCACAAUCAAGAAUGGUCAGAAGACAGACUGACAGAAGGAUCAAACACAAUUCCGACUUCGGUCACAGACCUGCAGAGUCACCUGUCGAGUCUCGAGAUGCGCGUAGCGCGCGAAACACGCCGUCGACUCUCAUUGGAGGACGAGGUUCGCCGGUUGCGAGAUGAAAAUCGACGACUUCAGGACGAGAACCACGCAGCCACCCAACACAUCAAACGCUUCACCGAAUGGUUCAUGAUCUAUUAUCAUUAGUUUCUUCGUUAAAUCUGCGUUAUCUUCUUCCCAUACCUUUGUUUGUUGAAGAUCAAUUUAUUCGAUUCGACAUUACGAAAAAAAAAAUUAUUUAAGUAAAGAGCUAGCUUAUUUUUUGUAAUCAGUUUUGGUCCUCUGCACGUUAUAAUUAUUAUUAUAGUAUAGGCUGAUGAUUAUAUAUUCUUUCCGAUUACUUACUUGACGUUGCAUCAUUAUAAGUAGAUUUUGUAAUUACUCGGGAUAUGAUCCCCAUUGUUAAUUUUGAUCUUAUAUGCGUACCUAGAUUCUUAGCUAAAUUUGCCUUUAUGUUUAUUUUCACUUCGUUGUCUUGUAAACCAAGUCCUUGUUUUGUAUUUUUCCUUUUGUCGUGUGUAAAUGCAGUAUUAAUGUCAACUCCCGUCGAUCAUCUCAUGCGAUUGCACUGUAAAAUAAGACGAAAAAAGAGUAGCAGUUCCAAUUUUAAGUAUAGAGUGUUACCAUCGUAAGUAAGGACGCAGAUGACCUUAUUUCUACGAGACGAGAGAGAGAUCGCGUUAUUGUAACAAAAAGAGACAAAAACAAUUUGUUAGCUAUAUAUUUGAUUAUGCAUAGAUAUACACCUAUUAUAUAUUAUUACACAAAAGAAAAAAUGACCAAAUAUUACCUGUACUUUGUAAGCAUUAUUACUUUAAGAUGUAACCGUUCUGUAAUUUAUUACACGUUUUAUAUUCUAAGUGCGCCCAAGCGAAAACAUUGUACAACCCUGCAAUAAAGAAAAGUUAUCGACAUAAAAUUA